CCUUGUAAAAAAAAAAAUAAAAAAAAAAAUAAAAAACUCACAAAGAGAAUAGUGAUCAGAGAUUAUUACUAUUAUUACGUCCGAAAUUUUCCUCUCCGGCUGUUCAAAAUGACAUCCUUGCAUCAUUCACAACCGACACAUAACUAUUCCUUAUGGUGCAAUUGGCGCUAAUUUUGUUUUAUCUGCUUUGAAUUUGAUCACCUUUUCGCGGAUCUAGGGUUUGAGAUCUGGUUCUGAUUUGUAAUUUUCGUGAAUCCAAGGGCUAUACUACUCAAUCUCGUUUUAGUUCUUUUUGUUUUUGGUGUGUAUGUUGUGGUGGCGUUAAGAAUUCAUUUGAGAAAAUGCGGGGGAAAGGUGCGAAUGCGUCGAUUAGGGAUCGGACGCAGGAGUUUCUGGGCAUAGCGGAGAGGGUAAAGAAGUCAUACUCCUCGCAAAAUGGGCCUAGCAGCAGCGGAUCGAAACCUCUGGGACCGCAGACCAUGGCGAUGCAGUCGGAAUUUAAUCGUAAGGCGUCCAAGAUCGGGCUCGGGAUUCACCAGACCUCGCAGAAACUAUCAAAGCUUGCGAAAUUGGCUAAGAGGACCUCAGUUUUUGAUGAUCCCACCAUGGAAAUUCAGGAGCUCACAGCGGUUAUCAAGCAAGAUAUAACCGCACUUAAUUCUGCUGUAGUUGAUCUCCAACUUCUAUGCAACUCACGGCAUGGCAAUAGUAAUAUUUCGAGUGACACCACCACACAUUCUACUACAGUAGUUGAUGAUCUGAAGAAUCGGUUGAUGAGCGCCACAAAGGAGUUCAAGGAAGUAUUGACCAUGAGGACAGAGAACUUGAAGGUUCAUGAAAACAGGAGACAAUUGUUCUCUUCUACUGCUUCCAAGAAUCCAGCUAAUCCAUUUGUUCGCCAGCGACCUUUGGCUGCAAAGCCUGCUGGAAGUACUUCAGCUGCCCCUGCUCUUCCAUGGGCUAGUGGGGGACAAUCUUCAUCCCAUCCGCUCCCUAACAACAGGAACCAGAAGGAUGGGGAGACUCAACCAUUAAUGUCACAGCAGCAGCAUCAGCAACAACAGGAAUUGGUUCCACUACAAGAUAGCUACAUGCAGAGUAGAGCUGAAGCUCUUCAGAACGUGGAAUCAACAAUUCAUGAGCUGGGCAAUAUUUUUAAUCAGCUUGCUACCUUGGUUUCUCAGCAAGGAGAGAUUGCUAUCAGGAUUGAUGAGAACAUGGACGAUACACUGUCAAAUGUGGAGGGAGCACAAGGGGCUUUGCUCAAGUAUCUCAAUAGCAUCUCUUCAAACCGGUGGCUUAUGAUCAAGAUAUUCUUUGUAUUAGUUUUCUUUCUCAUGAUUUUCCUAUUUUUCGUGGCAUAGUUAAUGAUCCCGAGAGCUGUCUCACAACAUUAUAUAGUAAGAUAAUGAUCGUGUGUAUUUUGGACAUUGGGGGGUCUCCUUUCGUGUUCACUAUUGUAUAUGACAACGUUAAUUGUGCAAGAUUGUGGUAUAAUAGGGUGAUUUCCAAAGAGAGAAAUUUACUAAUACUGUAGGGUUCAAUGGAAAUUUAUUUGAAAAAAGAUAUUGUUUGAA